AUGAACAAGACACUUGCCGUUGUGAGCCAAAGUGGCGAGACGAUCAACUUUUUCAACAUCGAGGACGGAAAAUGCACUGGCCAGGUGGAGAAUCUCAUACCGGAGCCGCAUGAGGUAGCGUACGACGACCGGUCCAAUUUGUUGUAUGUCACCCACGCGUACAGACACGGCUGGUACGCACAGCAUGGCGAGGCUUGCGCCGAGGUCAGUGUCAUCGAUUGUGGGCGGAGGGAAGUCGUGGAUGUGAUGGACAUCGGUCCGCAUCGAGGACCUCACGGCAUUUUCCUAGACACGCACCGUGACCUCUUGUAUGUCUCCACGGAAGAAGGGCUGGAGGAUAAUGGAGGCCCCGGUGGCAUUGUCGGAAUCAACAUUAAGACUCGCGAGGUGGUCAAGGCAGUUGGGGCGGGGUGGAAAGUCCACUGGUUUGUCCUCACGCCGGAUGGGAAGAAGGUCUUUACUUGCAACAAGGAAGCGGGAUUCAUCUCGGUCUUAGACAUGGAGCAGGAGAAGAUGGUCGGCAAGAUUGACCUUCCGGGAGGAUGCGAAGCACCAGCGAUAUCGAAUGAUGGCAAGCUGGCGUACUUUCCGAGUCCGACGAUUGCGCUCGGAAUGAGGAGAGAAGGCAAGCCGGGCGACUUCCACAUUCAAGUCAUCGACACAGCCACAUGUGAGUUGGUCCGAGCCGUCCCACUGGAAUUCGGAGCGGUUGCCUUGGGUGUGGAUCCGAUGGAUAGACUUUUCGUCGGUCAAUAUCGGACCUCUGGAGCUUCCGCAGAGGCACAAUUGCAAGAGCCGAUGCCUGGCGAGUUAUCGGUCCUGGAUCCCGGGAAUGGGUUUCAGAAGCUCGCAUCGUUCCAAACUGACUCGGUUCCCUUGAAUGUCUGCGCUGCACCCGUUGGCAGUCGAGCAUUUGCGGCUAAUAUUUUUGCCGGAACGGUCAGCGUGCUCAAUCUGGACGAGAUGAAGAAAGAGAGGAGCAUAGAGGUGGACAUUUUGCCGAGGGAGGACAAGUUGUUGCAUCAGGGAGCGCAUGAAAUGGCACUAAUUCCUUGA